AUGUUUGUGUUGAACGUCGAUUUGUGGUCAGAAGAUGCACUCAAGGAGGUCAACCUGGUGCGGCACACGACCACCACGCCUUCCAUUUCAUCUACGACCCCUGCCUCGUACGAGCAGGUGGAGAACACCCCAACCUACUCGCCAUUAAUACAGUCCGACUCGCGUGGACCAGGCUAUGGAUCGAGCAUGUAUGGCCAGUCGAGCGCGAAUCCGUACGGUCAGCAGUUGGCGUACUCUCAAGUCGCUCCUCCGUACAUGCAGCAGUCCAACGGCUACGGCCAGUCGGCCCAAUACGGCGGCUAUCACGGAGGCGAUUAUGGCAUGCAGCUCUCUUCGCAGGCUCCGGGUUACGGCCCUCCGCGAGUCUUCGGUGGACCCGGUGACAUGAUGACGCAGCGCCUGAUCCAGGGAAACCAGCCCCAGGGCAUGUUCACCCGGAAUUUAAUCGGCAGCUUGGCCGCUAGUGCGUUCCGGCUCCAGGACCCUGCCGACAAGAUUGGCAUCUGGUUUGUCCUCCAGGAUCUUAGUGUUCGUACUGAGGGCAACUUCCGCCUGCGCUUUUCGUUUGUUAACGUCGGACCACUGGGCGGAUCUCCCACUGGAACACCUGGUGGUCAACAUGUCAACACCGGCAAGGCGCCUGUCCUGGCAUCUUGCUUCAGUGACGUAUUCACGGUCUACUCCGCCAAGAAGUUCCCGGGCGUGUGCGAGAGCACGGUGCUGAGCAAGACGUUUGCGACACAAGGAAUCAAGAUCCCCAUCCGGAAAGAAGGCAUCGGCAAGAACGGCCGCGGCGAUGACGACGACGACUACGAGUGA